AUGGCGUACCCAUUUCAAAUAGGCUUCCAAGAUGCCUCCUCCCCAAUUAUAGAAGAACUUAUACACUUCCAUGACCACACACUAAUAAUCGUCUUCUUAAUCAGCACCCUAGUCCUCUACAUCAUUGCACUUAUACUCUCCACUAAACUCACUCAUACCAGCACGAUAGACGCUCAAGAAGUAGAGACAAUUUGAACAAUCCUCCCAGCCAUUAUCCUCAUCCUCAUUGCCCUCCCAUCCCUACGCAUCCUCUAUAUAAUGGACGAAAUUAACAACCCGUCUCUGACAGUCAAGACAAUAGGACAUCAAUGAUACUGAAGCUACGAGUAUACUGAUUAUGAAGACCUAAGCUUUGACUCCUAUAUAAUCCCAACAUCCGAUCUAAAACCAGGAGAAUUACGACUUCUAGAAGUUGAUAACCGAGUAGUUCUCCCAAUAGAAUUACCUGUGCGCAUACUCAUCUCAUCAGAAGACGUACUACACUCAUGAGCCGUCCCAUCACUAGGCCUAAAAACAGACGCUAUCCCAGGACGACUAAACCAAGCAACACUGAUAUCAACCCGUCCUGGCCUAUUCUACGGCCAAUGCUCCGAAAUUUGUGGGUCAAACCACAGCUUUAUACCAAUUGUCCUUGAACUAGUUCCCCUAAAACACUUUGAAGCCUGAUCAUCAUCAAUGCUAUAA